AUGUUAUACUUUCUUCCCCUCUCUUCCGUUCCGUCGUGUUCCGAGGACCGCACAUCAGUCAAGACCAGAAGUGACUUUGUUGUCAUAUCAGGCUAUGUCUGCGUUCGGUUGAUGCUAAGGUCCCGUCCAGAGCUGGCUUCCACUAGGUCAUUGAUGACUCAAGGGUCCAAAGAAGAAUUAUAA